ACAGGGAGCCCCUGAAGGCAGCAUCAUGUUUUUGUCAGAGCUUCCCAGUGAACAGUUAAUGUCUCACUUGGCCGUCCUGUCCCUUCUCCUCCCACACAGACAAACCAAUACAAACAUUUCUGUACAGUGAGGAGACUCUCCAACUAUCCGUCUUUGUUAGAGCGCCCACAGAGACACUACUGGGAUACAAAGAAGAAAAAGAGAGAGGAAGAUGGCACAAAACUCCAGCCAAAGUUCAGCUUUCCCUGAGAUAGUGGAGCUAAACGUGGGCGGGCAGGUGUAUGUGACCCGACUUGAAACUCUCACCGCGGCCCCCAACUCUCUCCUGUGGACCAAGUUCACCCAGAGCUCCCCGGGCGACCUGCCAAAAGACAGCAAGGGCCGCUUCUUCUUCGACCGGGACGGCUUUCUGUUCCGCUACAUUUUGGAUUAUUUACGGGACUCGGAGCUUUUUCUACCCGAGUUUUUCAAAGAGAGGAAAAGGCUGCAGAAAGAAGCGGACUUCUUCCAGCUGUCGGAGCUGUCCAGGCGCCUGGCAGCGGUCAGUAAAGACAGCCUUUACGCGGAGGACAGCGGGGAGCCGGAGGAGACUGAGAUCACCAGCCCGGUCACCUCCUCCUCCUCCUCGGACAGGACCGUGCGCUCUCCAGGGGCCAACGCUGGAUUCAUCACAAUCGGGUACAGAGGCAGCUACACUAUCGGGAGAGACAUCCAGGCGGACGUGAAAUUCCGCAGGGUUGCCAGAAUAACCGUGUGCAGCAAAAUCUCUCUGGCUAAAGAGGUUUUUGGGGAAACCCUGAACGAGAGCCGUGAUCCGGACCGGCCGCCGGACAAAUACACCGCCAGGUACUACCUCAAGUAUAACUUUCUGGAGCAGGCGUUUGACCGGCUGGCCGAGGCUGGCUUCCACAUGGUGGCCUGCAACUCCACGGGGACGUGCUCAUACGGCAGCAAUGACCCGGGGGAGGACAAAAUGUGGACCAGUUACACCGAGUAUGUUUUCUGCCGGUGAAACUUUCAACACCAUCAACAGUUAGAAUAAGUUCUCACAAGAAUUAACAUCCCAAACUUUUUUUUUUUUUUUUUUUUUUUUUAGCAGCUGUGUCUGCUUUGUGUGUUGGUUUCUCUGAUUGUGGGGUGUGGGUGGUGGGGGACUCUGGGAUCAGCACAUAGUUUAACUUUUUUCUUUGUUUCUAAAAAGAGGAGGACUCACUUCAAGCUUGGUCAGUGAGGGGAAAGUCCAAAAACCAAUCCUCUGAUGUGUCACAGGCUCUUUUAGCUGGGUUGUUUUUAUGCCUCAUAACCUUUAUGGCUUUCAACAAAGACUGUUCUGUUCUGAAGUGAAGUGAUGAAUGGUUCCUGGUGGCAGAAAUGUUAGGGAGCUGUUUCUCUUUUGAUCCUUACUGAACUGUGCUCGCAUUGUCACGUUAUUAUAGAAAGGCUUUUCAUGUUCUGAUCACGUUAACUAGGACAUUAAAUAGUCUGACGUUCGCUCUGUUUGAUGAACAUUAAUGUUGCGUCUUUGAUAUGAUGCUUUUUAUUGGAUUAUAUCUACCCACUCACAUGCAGCAUCACUGCUUUAGAAGAAGAUUACACGUUGUUUUUUUUUUUUUUUACCACAGUGCUACAUUGUUGUGUGUCAUUGUUUUUCUCUUUCGAUAUAUAUAAACCUACAGCAAAUAAAGUGUGACACUGUAACACUA